AUGGAGUUUCUGUCCAAACACUCUGCCGUUCAGUCGGUCUUUAUCCUGCGGUUCCUCGACUUUACAUACGUCCAGGUCUCCAACACCGAUGUCGCCCGCUUCGGGACGUCGCUCUGGGACUCGGCCGACACCACCUCGCCGUCGGACUGGCCCCGGGUCGACAUCACUGCCUGUCCGGCAUGCAAGACCUGCGUCACCCGCGGCUUUUUGAUGUACGAGAGGCUCACGGCAAUCUCCCACUCGACCGACUCUGCCAACCGAGGCGGUCUGGGAUUCCGCCUGGUCCCGCGAGUACUGUGUCCAGGCUGCCACUCAACCAUCAUGCUGUGUCUGACGGAGGCCAGCUCUCCUCCUGUCGAGGGCCCACCGCCCCCGUCUCUCUAUGACGUCUGGAGGAGCGACGACGUCCGGGCAUUCGUCUCGGCAUACGGCCACUACUGGCUCAACACCUUCAGCAUCCUUUCGUCCAAGCGCAUCCGGCUGUCGGAAGACAUGACAUCGAUGUUCCUGUCUUUUGGCAUCUGCAGCCGGUGCCGCAAACCGUCCAAAUGGAAGUGCUCCCGUUGCUCCAAGAGCUACUAUUGCGGACGGCGCUGCCAGAAGCGGGACUGGCUCGCACACAAGGAGAUAUGCGACCAGAAAGAGAGUCCUCUGGCGCUAUUCUGA